UGCGCUUCUUGUGCGUCAUGAUCAACCCUUUAUAUAUCUGGGAUCUCGUAACACGCGCCCUUUUUUCUUCUAUGAUAAACUAUUCUUUUUAAGUCCAGGGUGGACGUAAAUCCAUUCUAGGCUUAAUUAGCAGAAGAAAGCACAACACUCGGUCAUUCGGGGCUUAGUGUCCAUCUCUCCAUCGCAUUCGCUCACCGAUCCGCACGCGCCAACAAUAUUCCUGCGACUGAUGUCCUCCUCAUCCGAGCCGACAUGGCUCCAUGGACCGCGUUGUGCCUACUGCUGGCCACUGCGACAAGUAGCCAAGGAGCUGACACAGAGGAGCGACUGGUCGAGCAUCUCCUAAAUCCUGCUCACUACAACAAACUCAUUCGGCCAGCAACUAAUGGCUCGGAGUUAGUGACUGUGCAGCUGAUGGUCUCACUGGCACAGCUUAUCAGUGUGCACGAGAGAGAGCAGAUCAUGACUACUAACGUCUGGCUAACUCAGGAAUGGCAGGACUACCGUCUCGCGUGGGACCCGGAUAAGUUUGAUGGCAUGAAGAAGGUCCGCCUUCCAUCCAAACACAUCUGGCUGCCAGAUGUUGUCCUCUACAACAAUGCUGAUGGGAUGUAUGAAGUGUCCUUCUACUCCAACGCUGUAGUCUCAUAUGACGGUAGUGUGUUCUGGCUGCCACCAGCAAUCUACAAGAGUGCCUGCAAGAUCGAGGUGAAGCACUUCCCAUUCGACCAGCAGAACUGCACAUUAAGUUUCCGUUCCUGGACCUAUGACCGCAUGGAAGUAGACCUAGUGUUGCGCUCCGAUGUGGCCAGCAUGGAUGACUUCACACCGAGUGGUGAGUGGGACAUCAUUGCGCUACCUGGGCGUCGCAAUGAGAACCCAUCAGAUCCAGCCUACGUGGCCAUCACAUAUGAUUUCAUAAUCCGCCGCAAGCCACUUUUCUACACAAUCAACCUGAUAAUCCCAUGUGUGCUGAUUACAUCACUGGCUAUUCUGGUGUUCUACCUGCCGUCGGACUGUGGUGAGAAGAUAACGCUAUGCAUAUCUGUGCUUCUAGCUCUGACUGUCUUCCUGCUGCUCAUCUCCAAGAUUGUGCCACCCACAUCUCUGGAUGUGCCACUUGUGGGCAAGUACCUGAUGUUCACCAUGGUGCUUGUAACAUUCUCUAUUGUCACUAGUGUGUGUGUGCUCAACGUGCACCAUCGUUCUCCUACCACCCACACCAUGCCCCCGUGGGUCAGGGUGGUCUUCCUUGAUAAGCUCCCUGCCCUACUCUUUAUGCGACAGCCCAGGAACAGCAGCGAGCGGCAAAAGCUACGGCAACGGCGUCGUGCCAGUGAGAAACUUGGAAUCUCUGGUCAGGAGAGUGGCGAGGCGUGCACAUGCUAUGUCAAUCGGGCCUCGGUCAAGCAGUUUGGAGGAGAGGUGGGUGAAGGCGGUGGAGAAUCCAUGGAAGGAUUGAAUGGUCUGAGGGAUGGAGGACGUGAGGGCAGAGAGGGCACCUCAGCUUUGCCACGGACAAAGCAGCAGCCUCCUGCUGCUAUUCCUCAGGGCCUUCUGGGCCAGGCAUGCCCAGGUUUCGAGGAAGCUGUGGAAGGAGUGCGUUUUAUUGCCAGCCACAUGAAGUGUGAAGAUGAUGAUCGCAGCGUGAGCGAGGACUGGAAAUAUGUUGCCAUGGUAAUCGAUCGCCUCUUUCUCUGGAUCUUCGUCUUCGUGUGUGUCUUUGGCACAGUGGGGAUGUUCCUGCAGCCUCUAUUUCAGAACUCAUCCAAGACUGUCAUGAAUACGCCUGGCUGACCGAUUGGACAUCCGACAUCACAGGAUGGAGAAAAGAGAGAGGAUCGAAAGCUCAUUUCAAGGGGAACUGAGAUGGGUUUGCGUCUGACUCUAGGUUUAUAUGGAGACCUUUUUUGGAAUAUCUAAACACAAUCAAUAACCACACAGCAAUUUUUUAAAAUGCGAAGCACCUCUCAUCCAAUACCCUCCCUCGUCUCUUUUGUGUGACACAUUAAGCAAAUCAGGGAGAGAGCACACUUCACUCUGCCAGCCAAUCAGUGUUAAUCUCUGCAAGCAGCCUGCUAUUGAGCCAUCUUCACCCACAAGCUCCACCGUGUGACAGCUAGAGAACAUACAGCUUCCACAAGAGACCAGUGACUGCUAAAUACUGCGGGAGAAAUGGGAUAAAGUGAAAAGUCAUUUUUAUUUCUAUCUGUUUUAACAAUUUUCCGGUAUGAUUCAUUUUUCCUAGUCAUAUCUACAUGCUAUAGGGCAUUGCACAUAAAAAGACCUAUGUCAUUGUUCCUGUGUGAGAACACAACUCAAUGAUCAGUUUAGGCUUUGAGGCAAUAUUGUAUUACUCUUUUAACAUAACCAGAAUGUGUUUUAAGGUGUUGACGAGAUAAAUAGAUAGCCGUGAAUGACAAGGCGUUAACCUUAGCAGGGAAACAGGUUCUGGAAACUGUACACUACAAAAGCGGGAGACAUUAACUAAUCUCAGUUCUGAGAAAAAGUAAGACAAACUGAAUAGGUACAGUAUAGACGUUACAGAUAUGUGACAUGCAUUUUAGAGUUUAGUUCCUCUUUUCCUUUCCUUCUCUUCUCUACUCUCUAAUUUGCUUUUAUAUAUUUUGGAUUCCUUGUGCAGCUCUAAUUAAUGUGUGUUGCCAUUUGCUUAUUUGCCAUUAAUUAUUAAGUGUAUUAAUAAUGUUUUGGGACACUGUCGUUUGUGGUGGCGGGUAACAAUACACUCCUGCACUAUGUUUGUACCAUAACCUUGCUUGCACUGCUGCCAUUCAACUGUAUCUCUCUCAUUGCUUUUACCUUCUCCUUCUAUUUGAUCCCCUGCCUUCAAACUUAAAGUGGAUUGAAAUCCAUCCUAAUAUUGUUAUACUCUGUAUCACAAACCCUGUCUGUAUGAAUUUUAAUCAUUCGCUUGCCUGUGAUGUACGAUUACGGUUGGCUCAAUGUAAGCCAUUUGAUCAGGGUGGUUUUUCACGGUAAUAACCUGCUACCUUUUUUCAGCUUUUUCUAAGCCAGGUCUUUCCUAAAGAGGGUCAUUGAAAAUCCAUAUCUGAACAAGUCUACUUGUGUGUUCCUGCGUGCCAUUCAGGUGAUUCAUCACUGUCCUCAGAUUCUCCCACAUAUAUAUUUCUGCGUCAUCGCCUUAGGGACACAAGGCCAUGUUUCCAGUUCUAAAAAGUAUCCUUAACCUUCCUUCAAAUAACUAAAGGAAAAAGGAAUUAUAUCCAUUUAUUUUAUUUUAUUUACAUUAGCAACAAAUACUUGCCAAGAGAUGUUAUGCUGGCAAAUAAAGAUGCACCUCUAUGCAUAAUUUAAACACAAACACACACAUACACACACAC